AUGAGUUCAGAAGGAACUGAUCAGCUGUUGCAGGGAUCAAGAAAGUUUGCCGAUGAAAGCCAGCAUGAGCCCAGAAUGUAUGAGCUCUCAUUCUUGCGGCACUCGAUCAUGCCGAUAUGUUCAACCUUUUUUCGCUCGCCGAUAUGUUACCAUUUUUAUUGAUAAUUCAGGGCACCGAUGCUUUCGUAUUCAAGAGAUUUCCUUCUGUCCCUGCGUGAAAAGGACGUUUGCAAGAGGUUACCUGCUGGAUUCGAUUCGUCUCUUCUGAGGUACAAAUUACUGCUCACCUCUCCUCCUCGGCGUUAUCUGUCAUGUCGUGGAAGCAGACUCACUCUGAAGUGGUCCUUGAAACCAGUGAAAUCGAGGAGCCCGCCAAUAGUUCUCUCGAGUGGCAGAGGAGUCUGGGAAGCUCGUCAUUGCACACGUCCAAACGCAGCGACUAUGGACCUUCGUCCUUUAGUAGAGUGGAAGGCUAUUCUCGAGGAAACAAUACUCGAUGGGACACACGUUCAAGUGGGUCAAGCGACAAGGAUGGGAAUACGCUGUCUGAUCGUGAUACAUUCAGUCAAGGUUCUUCUAUCUGACACUUAAAAUUACUCCUCGUACUCAAACUUUACAGACAGCUAUUCUGUUCGCAUUCGUUUUGAAAUCGGACCUUCAUAGAGUAUACUUUCAUGUCUCUUCUCGUUGUAGUGGUGCCAACUUUGCCAUCAAAGCAUGUUUCCACUUUUUUUUUUUCUAAGUUGUAGUAUGUAAGGUGCUAAUAAUGUCAGGUAUCUUCGGUCACUGAACAACAUGGAAUGCUUUAUUUUUAAUCAAAUAUUUUCUAUGAAACCAUUUAACUUAUGAAGCAACAUUGAGGUUCCACAAUGUUCAUCUGGCUGAUUUCAAAUUCUCAAAGUCAAGACUUCCCAGUCAGUUUGAGUACUGAUGGUUUCUUUUGCAAAUAAAGGUUUCCUCUUUUUGGAAUAUUUAUGAGCUCGCAUGAUUUAAAGUGGAAGUUUAUAACCUAUAACUACCUUCCUGAAAACUUGAAUUUGUAAAAGCUAUUGUUGAAAAGCACAGCCAAAGUUUAUCGCUCAAUCUCUAACGUGUCUAAAAACCUGUAAUUAAAAUAGAAUUAGAAAGGGUGACUUUUUUGUGAAUUUUCCUUUCCUGUGAUAAAAUAGAAAGGAUCCCUUUUGAUAGAUGAUUGAGAAUGAAGGCCCAAGGCUGGGAAGAAUGAAUAGGCAUAAUGGGAGGACAGGAUACAGAGUCCAAAUUCACAUUUAAUGAUUAGUAACUUCGUAACAGAUGAUAUGAGAAUAAUAAUCUUGAAGCAGACAGAGAUAUUCAUAAUGACUUAGUCUUACCUGGUGUGCACCCCUUUAAAUCCUUCAUGUCAUUUGCAUUGGAGUCCGAAUUUUUAUGUAUUAGGUUUAAUUGCAAUGCCAACUCUAGAUAGUGACUCUUUUCACUGCAGUUAUGCAUGUAAAAUGGUGGAGGACAGAAAAAAACUGUGUUAUCAACUUUUUCUCUCACUCUUUUAGAUUAGUCUGCCACAGUCAAAGCUGCACAAAUCAAAACUUACCCCACCGAUGGAGACACUUUUAGUCUUGAUACAAUGCUUCUCAUUAGAUUGGGCAAGACCCCUUGAACCUUUUCUUCUGGGUCUUCCAGUUGACUGAGUUAAAUUCUGAAGGGUAUAUUUUUCCCCUUUGGCUCCCCGUCAGCACUUGACUAUAGGCUGAAAAUUUCCAAUACUGUGACCUUGUCACAUUCUGACACUUACCAGUAAGAUGUCAUACCCUUUUGGAUAAUCCUGAACUCUUUGUAUGUGACGACACCACUUCUGUAGAAACCUUUCAUUAUGUUGAAAACUCAAUGAAUGAGUUUAGUAAAAUGUAUUAUUGAUUUAAUUAGAAUGCUGAAAAUUAUGUUUGGUGGAAUUUUAGGGCUAGAGAUGACUUUCAAUACCCAGAGUGCAUUUGUGGCAAUGCUAUCCCAUGAUAGAGGUUUGAAGAUUAUACCAAUACUGCAUUAUUGACAACAGUACGUUUGAAGUUCAGCACACAUUUUUUGACUUAAUGAUGUGGUGUAACACAAUGCCAUUCAGUAUGUGAGGUUUAAGUUCAGGUUGCAGAAUUUUUGCUGAUAUCUUAGUUUUGUUGCGACUUCUCAUCACUGAAAACAUUGUGUUUUUACCUGCGUUAUUACCAUUCUGAGGGCAUUUAGUAUUUUCAAAUAAGGUUGUUAACAGGGCACAGUUUGUCACAAGCAAGAUUACUAUGUAACAGGCUUUCAGUGCAUUCUUGUUCUUCCAUUUCUUUAAUAAGCAUUUCCAAAAUCUGACUAGAAUUUUGAUCUAAUAUCUUAUAUCCUCAACGUGAUAUGUUAGGAUGUUAGUCUCAUUACACCUUUCAUUCAUAACAUAUACUACUCCAAAGUUGUGAAUUAAUGUCAGGUUUCCAUUCAUUUGGCCUUGUAAAACUUUCUCAAAAUCAUCUCUAGAGGACUGAGCUUCUACAACUUUUGUGAAAUUUGUUUAUGCAUUCAUGAUACCUGUGUUUGUCCACUCUUCUUUUAUCCACUUUCCUUUCAGUUGUAGAUUCCUUGACAGAGGAAAUAAUGUAAUUUCUCUAGCAUAUCCGUUUCGUUUUUCAUAUUAAUUGUGGUGGUAUAUGGGUUUUUCCAGAAAGUCACCACUGACAACGAAUAAUCAUAAUUUCCCUGAAGAAUUUACUUCCUUUAUUCUCUUAAAGGGUGAGAUACGAGGAUUUGCCAGGAUUUACACAUAUUUUCGUACUACUCUUGGCCUGGCACUUUCAUAACAUAGCCUUCCGCCACAUGUCCUUCAAGGCACAUUGCUGUCUUUUCUGGAAUGUAACUUCGCAGCAUACAGUUCUGUUGUUCCGGUCAUCAAGCAGAUUUUUGACAUUAAAGUUGUGUUUGAUUGAAUUCUCCAAUACCUGGAUUUGCUCAAAUUCUAUGUGAAAGUAAUAAAAUCUACUUCCUGGCUACGUGGUGUCAGUUUUAAACUCAUUGUCGAACAUUCUUCGAUCAUUCUACUGGGAGAAGAUCUCUAUUUAUUGGCAAACAUUUCUGUUUAGUAUGCUCUAGCUGUCUCUGGAACCUUGCUUACUUAUUUUCCCUAGUUGAAAUCAGUCUCAUGGAAGUGGUGGUUUUGUUUGGCUAUUCUUAAUUUCCCGUCUCCACAGAUUCUGGGAGACGGAGUGUGAGCCAAUAUCGAAGGCUGGGGCAGAAACCAGAGCAAGAUGGUCUUCUGGGAAGUGGAGUUUUUCCAAGACCUUCUGGAUACCAGGGUUGGGCCACAGCUUCAAAAGACAGAGGGGAAGGUCAUUACCAGCUAAACAGGAGUAGUGAACCAUACCAACCACCACGACCUUAUAAGGUCUAA